CGGGCUUUGGCCCCGCCGCGCCGCCGUAGCGCCCGUAGCGCGUUGCCUCAGAGCGGCGGCGGCCGCGGCUCCCGGCGAUGUCGUUCCGCGAUCUCCGCAAUUUUACUGAGAUGAUGAGGGCGCUGGGGUAUCCUCGACUCAUAUCCAUGGAGAAUUUCCACACCCCAAACUUCAUGCUUGUGUCUGAAGUGCUGCUGUGGCUGGUGAAAAGGUAUGAACCUCAGAGUGACAUUCCUGGGGAUGUGGAGACAGAGCAGGACCGGGUUUUCUUCAUUAAGGCCGUGGCCCAGUUCAUGGCUACCAAAGCUCACAUCAAGCUGAACACCAAGAAGCUGUACCAGGCUGAUGGCCACGCUGUGAAGGAGCUGCUCAAGGUCACCUCGGUGCUCUACGGGGCCAUGAACACCCAGGGAGGGGAGCGUGCUCCCCUCCCCGAGGAGGACAGCACCAAGUUCAAGUUUGAUCUGGGCUCCAAAAUUGCUGACUUGAAGGCAGCCAGACAGCUUGCUUCUGAAAUCACCUCCAAAGGAGCAGUCCUGUAUGACUUACUUGGCAAAGAGGUCGAGCUGAGGGAAGCAAGGACAGAAUCUCUUGGUAGACCUUUGGAGAUAAAUGAGGCUGAGAAGGUGAUGAAAAUUGCCAUUAGCAGCAUUCUGGAAGAAGUCCAAAAGACCAAAGACAUGUUGAAUAAUGUGGCUUUGGAUGAGGCCAAUUUGGAAGCCAAGAUUGAAAAACGAAAAUUGGAGCUGGAGAGAAGCCAGAAGAGGCUGCAGACUCUGCAGAGUGUUCGCCCUGCUUUCAUGGAUGAGUAUGAGAAGAUUGAGGAGCAGCUGCAGAAGCAGUACAGCACUUACCUGGAGAAGUUCCGAAAUCUGACCUACCUGGAGCAGCUCCUGGACGAUCAUCGGCGGACAGAGCAGGAGAUGUUUGAGCUACAGGUGACACAUCACUUCCACUUGGAGACAUCUUCCUGCAAGCUUUUCCAGCAUGAAUUUCAAUUCCCAGGACAGGAAGCAGCCAACAUGCUACGUCUGAUCCAGAACAGGCUGAAGGAGGAGGAGCAGCACCUGCUCAAGAGUGGAGGUAAUGAUGACUCUGACAUAGAAAUCCAGGAGGAUGAAGGCUCUGACAGCGAGGGGGAUUUGCAGAUCACGAGGCACCACAUCAGCACAGAAACUCUCCUGCCAGGAAGAGUUGGCACACGGAUCGUGGGAUCAAUGCAAGGUGGAGACACGGAGGAGGAUGACGACUCAGGGGAUAGUGAGAUUGACCUGGAUGAAGAUGAAGAUGAGGAGGAGGAGGAUGAUCUGGAAGAUGACAGCAUGGAAAUCGCCCCAGGCAAAUCCAGUCUCCGAGGCAGGAAGCCAGAGCCACUGGAGCAAAGUGAUAAUGACUUCUGACCCUUCAGGAGCAGGAGACCUCUUGAAGCACAAACUUUGGAGAGGCCAGGAGCUAAUACCCUGCUGUCUGAAAAGUGUGUGUCAGUGUGAACUCAGGAGUUGGUAAAUAAUGUUCAUUAAACCUGAAAAUUAAACUUGGAUUGCCAGGUUUGUGAAUCUCAAAGCAUGAGCAGUUUAUCCAUAAUGAGAAUCACAGUAAUGUGCACUUAUUUCCAUAAUUGCACUAAACUGGCUCUUGUGCACUGCAGUGCCAGAAGCCUCAUUCCAGUGAGCAUCGAAUGCCUGAUUUCCCUGCAUUUUAUUAUGUCCAAAUAGAUUUCUUUGGCUUAAUAAAACUGGAUGAAAAGCUG